CAGGGGAGGCGUGAGAGCGGGCCAGCAUUAGUGAAUAUUAUCUUGCGGUGUUGUGAGCUGCGGUGAAACGCGAUAAUACUUGAAUGUACAGAAUGGCGCGGUGGGCAGGUCUGACUGGCGUGGUGAUGGUGGUGAUGGUGAUGAUGGUGAAUGGUGAUGACGUGGAGGCAGAACAAGCGGAAGCAGACACCACCAAUAUGAAAGCGACAGGUCGUACACUUUACGAAUGGGGUCAAGAACUCCUAGACUGGAUGGGUUUUGGUGAUGACUAUGACUAUGACUAUGACUACGACUACGACUAUCAGCUCUACUAUCCGUCCGGCUCGGCACAGAUUGGGUACGGAUUGCCCUCUGUGGGGUACGCGGGCCCGUCAGGUAGCAGUGGUAGUGGUCACGGUCACUACUCGUCCUACAGCAGCUACUCUCCCUAUCCAGUCGUGCCUCACCCUCACCAGUUCUACAACGCGAGGAAGGAUGAUUAUGAGGACUCUUCUUGGUCCAUUGGUGACAUGGUAAUGGGGACGGCUGCUCUGGCUGUGCCCUUUGUCCUUCUGGCCUCUGCUAUGCCCACUAGCUUGCUUACUGUGGCUGUCAGGAGGCGCAGUUUUGGUGACGACUCAGCACUGGAGAUGCAGGUGGACCCAUCAGAGCUGCCCCUGUUGAACACCAUCUUGGAGGCCAGGGACUUCACAGCACUGCUCUCCCCCAGUGCCAACGUAAGCUGUUCUGUGAGAUCACCAAGAUCGGUGAGAAUGAGGAAGCGUCCUUCAUGCAGCGUGCCUUCUACUAUGUGGCUAUGCUCACCCCAGACCGCUUUGCCCGCCGAGUUGGUCUAGCCAGGACCUUCAGGGCAGCAAGGAAUGGAGAGUGUGAAGCCCUGGUGUGUGGCCCUGACUUCCUCUCCUCCCUGGCUCCCCCUGCUGCCCUCCCACCCUCCAACCACCUUCCUGAAGAACAUUCCUCCUCCUCCUCCUCCUCCCCUGAGACUGAGGAAUAGAGGUGCAUGAUUGAAAGAUUUGGAAGUGUGAUGAUCUUAGACUUUUUGUAUUUAUUUAUUUAUUUUUUUAUUGCAACAGUGACUCGUGACUGUUGACUGACUGUUUAUCUCUCUCUCUCUCUCUCUCUCUCUCUCUCUCUCUCUCUCUAUUAGUUCUCAUGGUUUGUUCUUUCUCUCUGUGCCAUAACAGUGCCACCUCUCGCCUUCCCUAAGUGAUGCCUAGCAUUUACAAAGCCAGGGAGAGAAAGUAGCACUGCGACUCUUUUGACUGUGAUACUGAUACUGAAGACUCAUUAUUUUAUUGGUCUGAAUGCAUUGCUUACUGUAGACUAGACUAGACUAGACGAGGUGCUGCGCUCAACAUUAGCGAUGACUGGUGAUGAUACUGUACACUGUUACACUCCCUCCCUCUUCUUCACACUGCAAUGACUGGUGAUAAUACUGUACACUGCUACACUCCCUCCCUCACCCUCACACUGCAAUGACUGGUGAUGAUACUGUACACUGCUAUACUCCCUCCCUCUCCCUCACACUGCAAUAACUGAUAAUGAUACUGUACACUGCUACACUCCCUCCCUCCUCUCCCUCACACUGCCACACUCAUGACUCACUGCAUAACUCAUUCCCUCACACACAGACUCAUGCAGAAUUAGCAUGUGGAUAUCAAUUAACUAUGACUUCUGUUACACUCCUUCCUUACUCCCUCUCUUUACUUUCCUCUCCCUCUCCCUCUUCACAGCACCACACACACACACACUGACUUGGUAUAUAUGUUAAUUCACCCCAACACAGACUUUUACAGGUAUUUCUCAUGAUUUGCUCAAGUAGGCAAAAAAUCAAUAACUUUCCCAAGACUGUACAAUAACUCUGUGUUCUUGUGACUGCACUGGUACCAUGCAAGGCUCAAGCUUCAAGGCAUAAUGCAUACAGCGCCACACACCAGCAGGAAGGCACUAGCAUCCCUAUAUAAGUCUGUGAGUGAAGGAUUUCAGCUAUUUUCUUCCUUUUCUUCCUCAUAAAAAAAGAGAAUUUUUUUUUGUUGUUUACAUUGAGAAUAGCUGUUUAACUGUUAGUUUCCUUGUCUAUUGAGACGAGAAUUGAGUCAUGAUAGGAUAUUAUUGAGAAAAGUGAGGAAAAUCAGGAUAUUAUAAAGGAAAAAUGAGGAAAAUUAUUGAUGUUUGCUCUGAGACUGAUCAAUUCUUAGUUUUCUUUUUCACUUGAGACUGACAACCAAUCAGAGCUGAGAUACUAAACUAACCAACCAAUCAGAAACAAGAAUUAGUAAGAGAAAAUCAGCAAAAAUAUUUGACUGGGAGAAGAAAAAAGUGCCUUCAUUUGCUGGUACCAUGACUACUACUACUACUACUACUACUACUACUACUACUACUACUACUACUACUGCUACUACGGGUACUGUUAGGACGAUGAGCCAAAGACUAUGUUAUAUAAUGCAGGACGCGCACCGACCAUGACAAGGAAACAAAAUAAUAAAUAAUGUUUUCUCUCUUGUAAAUCUGGAUGCCUUAACUUCUCUCCUCACCAAAGACCUGUUGUAUUUUGUACUGACACACCCGACACUGACACGGCUGACGGUGAUGGUAGUGGUAAUACAUAGUGAUAAUGAUAAUGAUAAUGCAGAUAUUGAUAUGGAAAGUAGAGAUGUCUGUUUGAAUCUUGUAUAUUUUUUGUUAUUGUUUAUUAGUCAUUAUCACUGUUUUUAUAUCUGUUGAGAGUAAUAGUGAUAAUGCUAAUAGAUACAAUAACAGUAAUAAUAAUAAUGCAGAGAAUGAUAGGGAAAUUAGAGAGAAUUACUACAUUUCAUGAGUCCAUUUCAAUCUUGUAUAUUAUUAUUGGUGUUUGUUGUUCAUUAUCACUAUUGUUAUCACUACUGAUGGUGAUGGUAGUGAUGAUGUUAACAGUUACAAAGUUACCAAGAAUGAUGGAGAGAAUAGAGAAUACUAUAAUUUAAAAACCAGUUUGCAUCUUGUAUAUUGUUGUUACUCGUCACCAUAAGUCAUCACCACUACUGUUAUGACUGAGUUAGUUAGGAAGAAGUGUACUAACUCCUCCUAGUCUGUAACUCUUAGUAACUCUUGUGACACCAGACAUAACUCAGACUCAGUAACUGUUGUUGUUGUUGUUGUUACUGAUAAUAGUAUAUACCGAUAUUUUUGAUAGCUUAACAACACUUUAUCAACUCAAAGGGUAGUGCAUAAGAAAACCAUUAUAAGUUAAUUUUUAUAUACAAAUUGAAAGUUCUUUAUCCAAAAUUCUGAAAUAUCUGCUCAUUACAAAAUCUGAAAAUCUAGAAAAAUGUGGAAGAUUGAGUUUUGAAAUUAAAUGUCUUAUUUAUUAUUUUUAAUACUGUCAUGUACUGUUAAUGUAUUGCGUGUAUUUCAUGAAUCUCCAGUCAAAUAUAUAUAUAUAUAUAUAUAUAUAUAUAUAUAUAUAUAUAUAUAUAUAUAUAUAUAUAUAUAUAUAUAUAUAUAUAUAUAUAUAUAUAGUAACAGGGGAAAUGCAUGUAAUAUUGUUGACAAGUUUCAUGCAAGAUACUUAAGAUUAUUUGUACUUUGCAAAGAUAUGUGUCAUAUUUGUAACUUGAAACUGAUUUUCUGAAACUCAGCUCAGCCUGAAGAAAUUAGAAUAUACAGAAAAAACACCGUAUCACAAGACUCAAGUAAGAUGCACACAAAAAAUUAAAACUCACAAAGAUGCAUAUCAUAUUUUUGACAUGAAACCAAUUUUCCAAAACACGUGACUCAAAAAUUGGUCGAGACAAUUUUGAAUGAAGCAUUUUCAGUUUGUAUGAUUUUUUUCAAUGGUGUCUUUUUAUUAUUAUUAUUGUUAUUAUUAUUAUUAUUAUUAUUAUUAGCAUGCUGACAAGACAAAUCCACCUGACAGGAAACAUGAUAAACUGCCACAACUACCAAUCCAUUCUGACUCACUAAAUUUUGUGACUCAUCUGACUCACCAUGCUCUUGUUUCAUUCUGGCAACUGUGACUGGGUUCCAGUAUUCACUCUUUAUUCAUCUAUUUCAAUUAUUCAUCUAUUUAUUUAUUUGCCAACUGAAUGCUAAUUUUGUUUAUAUUUUUAGCUUCUUUACUUGUUUUUUGUUUUUUAAGUAUUUUUUUUAAUUAUUCAUCUAUUUAUUUAUUCAGCAACUGAAAUAAUAUAUUACAGCAAUCAACUGUUAAUUUUAUACUAACAUUUUCAGCUUUUGUAUGUUUUCUUUUGUAUUUUUCAAUUAAUUUAUUUAUAGUGACAUUUCAUUAUUUAUUCAUUUAUUUAUUCAUCUAUUUAUUUAUUCACUAAUUGGAAUGAUAUGUUAUGGAAAUCAAUUGCUAAUUCUGUAUUCACACUUUUAGCUUUUGUUUGUUUUCUAAGUAUUUAUUUAUUCACCCACUGACUUGUCUAAUUAUUCAUCUAUUUAUUUAUCUAUUUAUUGAGAUGACUCAUGACUGACUCAUGAAGUUUACCUGUUAAGUGACAAUAAUAAAUGUACCUGACUGACAGUGACUCACCACGACUCACUCACUCACUCACUCAUAGUUGUGUUCACUCACCAACUGACUGACUGAAUGACUGACUGAAUGACUGACUGAUUGACUGUGUGUGUGUGUGUGUGUGUGUGUGUGUGUGUGUGUGUGUGUGUGUGUGUGUGUGUGUGUGUGUGACUGACUGACUGACCUGGUGACUGACUGAACAAGUGACUGAAUGUUCACACACAACUCAUGAUUGACUCACUGACUAACUGACUGACUCACUCACAAACAAACACAAUCACUGACUCACAAAUGACAAGACAAAUUUUAAACACCCACAAUGAAAGCUGAUUCUCACUGACUCACUGACUCACCACUGACUAGUCAACCUCAGGACUGACUCAGGGACUGACUCAUUGGACCUGACCUCUAGCCACUAGUGACCUGACCUGCGGGCGGGUCAGGUCAACAAUUUAUAUUACCAAUAUUUAUUCACUUGUUCAACUGUUUUGUUUCAGUAAAAAGAAAAAAUAUAUAUUAAAAGAAUUUUACAAGUUAUUUCA